AUGUUGCAACUUGAUGAAGAGGAAGAAACCACUCAACAAUUGGAAGGAAUUCUCAUGCAAAGUACCAUUCCAUUAAAAUCUUUCAGAGGGAAGAAUAUUAAAGAUUAUGAAUUGGCUUUGGAUUGGUGUAGGAAAUUUGAUGAGAGGGAAAGUGCUGUGGAUUAUUUGGAGGAUUUGAAUAGAGUAAAAUUGUUGAAGAAUUUAUUGAAUAUUAAGAGCAAUCUUGUUGGAUUAACAGAGUUGUUUCUGACGAGUUGUUUUCGUCAUGUUGGAAAUUCAAUGUUUAGUGGAAAACAAGAGGAUUAUGCAUUAUAUACGAGAAUUAUACAGGAUUGGAUGAACUUACAAUUGACAAUGUUGCAACAAUCGAAAGAGACAACAGGAGUGACUGAGAAGACUGCUUUUGAUUAUUUGAUGGAAGAUGAUGAACAAGAAGAGGAUGAGGAUACAACAGCAACUGAUGAUGAUUUUAAUACAGAAGGGGCAGAGGAAGAGACAGAAAUUAAUUUUGAUGAGGAGAAAUCGGAUGAGCCUCCAAUUGUGAAUAUUUUGAAUAUGAUUACUGAUAUGUUUGAGAAGGAAUGUCAAUUCUCUCAAUUAUUUUCUAAUGCAGUUUCACAUGUAGAUAAUUUUCCUUUACUAGAGGUGAACACCAAUUACUAUACAAGUUCUUUGGAAUAUUGUGUGAAAUGUAGACAUGUCUCCUUUGUCCAGGUGAAAUUAAUUACUUCACAAUUAGAAAUACUGUCAGAAAUGUACAGCUCUGGAAUUUCCAAAUUUUUCAAACGUUUAUGUAAAAUUGUGGCAAGCAAUAGUAGAGGAUUGGAAACAUUGAUUCUUUCCAUCACUGACCUUUCUUCCCAACAUUUGGACACAUUUUCAAAUCUCCUUCUUGAGGAAUUACCAAACAUUCUUUCAAAUUGGAAACAACAAUCCAAGUAUGUCAGUAGAAUUUUCGAUACAGGUGAGAUUAGUCUCCUCGACUGCAAUCUUUCUCAUUAUCUCAUACUCUUACUUGCCGAAUUGUCGAAUUCUUGGACUAACUUUGUAAUGAUUCAAAUUACAAAGAAACUACUCUCCUCCGAUCAUGAUACACUCCACUCCCUCAUUUCCUACCUCUUCAAACAUGGUUCAAAAACUCUACUUCAAUUCCUGAGUCACUGGCAAACACUUCUUCCCAAUAACAAGCUGCAAUUAUUCAAAAGAGAACAAUUAUCAAUGACUCUUCCAAGCGCCUCCACUACUGCUGUUACUUCCUCAUCAUCAUCAUCGACUCCCAGCACUGUAACAACACCAUCCUCAACAUUGACUCCUACUACAACUUCAGCAUCAUCUACUCUCGCAAGUACAGCUGCCUCUGCAAGUGGUGCUACUUCAAUAGUAGUGACUGCAACAACAAGUGUCACCACACCAACAACUGCUGUUCCCAAGUUGGGAGUUACUGGAUUGACCACAGGAACUUCAUCAGCAUCAUCAGCUAGAAGUAGAACUAUUUCUAUUGGGAAACCAAAUUCAUCGACCACACAGAAGGAUCCUUCUUUUGAUUUAUUACUUUUACAACAAUAUAGACAAGAUAUUAUGAAACUAUUCGAAUCGGAAAUAAUGUCCGAUUUGACAAUUGUUGUGGGUCCUUCAAAAUUGAUUGGAAGUAUGGAAGAGGAUAAACCUUACAAGACAACUAAUAGCUCUGACAAGUUUAAAAACAAGUAUUAUCCAUCAGAUGACUGCUCUGUUGUGGAAUUUAAAGUACACAGAGCUAUUUUAUGUGCUCGUUGUGAAUAUUUCAGUAAACUAUUCCACUCACAAAUGAAAGACUGUAUGCAGGGUUAUUUAAAGUUUCCAGAUAAGAGACCAGAUGAUUUCAAGUGCUUGUUGGAUUUCUUUUAUUCAGCUGUGAUUAAUAUUAAUCAUUUUAAUGCAUUUGGUGUUUUGAAAUUGAGUGAUGAGUUGGGUGUACAAAUAGUGAAGGAGAAAUGUAUUGAAUAUGUGAAGGAUUGUGUAUCAGCCGAUAAUGUAUUUGAUGUUUUGGAAGAAUCAUCAUUCCAUAACUUUGAUGAAUUGAGAAAGUACUGUAAAGAAUAUUUGGAAGAAAAUGCAAAUCAAAUGUUCUUCUCGGAAAGCUUUUUAAACAUUACAAAGGAAACCCUGAUUGACUUGUUAAAAUCUGACAAGAUUCACUUGGGUGAAUUGGAUAUUUUCAUUGCUGUCGUUAUUUGGGGAAAACAUCAAUUAAUUCACAGAAUGGGUGUGCAAAUUGUUUCACCAAAAUCAGGUGCAAAUCAAAUUACUGUACAGACACAUGUUGCUUCAGGUCAUCAGAAUAGUGUUGGAAGUACUUCAACUCCAACUAAGACUGUCAUCUCUUAUGGAAUGGAUGGUUCUAGUAAGGUACUUUCGAAGGAAAAUCUUCCAGAUCAUUUGAAGAAAUCUGGGCUGACAGAGAGUUUGACUGAGAGAAAUCUUUCAAUUUCAGAACAGAAAGCUCCACAACCAAGUCCAGAAUUAUCAAUUUCUGAACUCAAUCCAAAACAUGACGAUGAUGAUGAAACAGAUAAGGAUGUUGUGGAUGAAGAUGAUGAAUAUGAAGAGGAAGUUGACACCUUAGCAUAUAGUACACUCAAUCCUGAAAUUAUGUUAACCAAUCCUUCUGCCUCUCGCAAACAAGAUGCAGAUGAAUUGAAGCAAAAGAAGGAAAGAAUUCUCAAGAUUGUCAAUUAUACACACGAUAAGAGUUUCUGCCAACAAUUGGCCAAACUAUUGUACGAUAUUUUACAUAAUGUUAGAUUCCCAACUUUGGAUCCUAUUGAAUUGUAUGAAUUUGUGGAAAUUUCAAAGGUUGUCCCAAGUGAAUUAUUACUUGAAGCUUACAGAGCUCACUCACUUCAAAACAGAGUUGACUUGUUCAAUUCAGCUCGUCUCAAAGUCAGAGAAGGUUCUCUUUUCUAUGUCAGCGGUGUUUGUACUGAUGUACCAAUUAGUAAGCUGAAAGGUUGGUGUCUCUACUAUCACAAACCAUACCAUCACCCAACUAGUGAAGCAGAUAUUCAAGCUAUCAAAGGAACUCGUAUUCUGAUAGGCGCUCGUCACAAGAAUUCUUCUGCUUUGGCACUUUGUGCUAUGGGUAUGAAGCAAAAGGUUUUGAGAGAAACAUUUGAAAAUGAAACCACUAAGGAGAAUGGAUGUUUCUUUUAUCACUGGAAGAAUCACUCAUUUGGUUUCUCUGGAUCGUCUCUAGUUCAACUAGGUACUGCUGAUCUUUCAGAAGGCAAAGAUAAAAUUUCAUGGCAUUUGACUGGCAGAGGAGGAUAUAGAUGUGGAAGCUUGACCUCACUGAAUGAAUCGAAAGAAUGGGAAAAGAUGUUAUUUUAUGCUUAA